AAAUGCUCCCGGCGGAGGGGAGUGUCCUCCACCCAGUGGCAGCGCAGCAUCGCUGGUGCCAGCCAGCUUCGCGCCCUGCGCCCAGCCAGCUCCCCUGAGAAUCCUAGGGUCUUAGAGCUGCAAGGGGGCUUAGAGCUCUUGCAGAUAGAGUCUUCUCAAACUGGGAUCCCCCAACUCCCCAGGGGCUCAAUACUCCAAAAACUGAAGAGAAAUGGCUGUACAAUCAGGUGCCCGCUGGUGCUUAGACAGAUUCACAAUGAGGAAACACCGGCAUUUGCCCGUGAAAGUGGCCAUCUUUUGCCUCUUUUUCUCAGGCUUUUCUUUCACUCGUGCCCAACAGCAAGCAGAUGUCAAAAACGGUGCUGCUGCCGAUAUAAUAUUUCUAGUGGAUUCCUCUUGGAGCAUUGGAAAGGAGCAUUUCCAACUGGUUCGCGAGUUUCUGUAUGAUGUUAUAAAAUCUUUAGCUGUGGGAGAAAACGAUUUCCGUUUUGCUCUGGUCCAGUUCAACGGCAACCCACAUACCGAGUUCCUGUUAAACACGUACCGUACUAAACAAGAAGUCCUCUCUCAUGUUUCCAACAUGUCUUACACUGGGGGAAGCAAUCAGACUGGACAAGGAUUAAAGCGUGUGAUGCAGAACCACCUCUCUAAGGCUGCUGGGAGCCGGGCCAGUGCUGGAGUCCCCCAGGUGGUCGUAGUGCUAACCAGCGGACGCUCGGAGGACGGCCUUGCUCUGCCCUCAGCGGAGCUUAAGUCUGCUGACGUUAACGUGUUUGCAGUUGGAGUUGAGGAUGCAGAUGAAGGAGCGUUAAAAGAAAUAGCAAGUGAACCACUCGAUAUGCAUGUUUUCAACCUAGAGAAUUUUACCUCACUUCAUGACAUAGUAGGAACCUUAGUGUCCUGUGUGCGUUCAUCCUCCAUGACUCCAGGAAGGGCUGGAGGCACAGAGACCCUUAAAGACAUCACAGCACAAGACUCUGCUGACAUUAUUUUCCUUAUUGAUGGAUCAAACAACACCGGAAGUGUCAAUUUCGCAGUCAUUCGCGACUUCCUUGUAAAUCUCCUUGAGAGACUCUCAAUUGGAACUCAGCAGAUCCGAGUGGGGGUGGUCCAGUAUAGCGAUGAGCCCAGAACCAUGUUCUCCUUGAGCACCUACUCCACCAAGGCUCAGGUUCUGGAUGCAGUGAAAGCCCUUGGGUUCCUUGGUGGGGAGUUGGCCAAUGUCGGGCUCGCCCUUGAAUUCCUGGUGGAGAACCACUUCACCCAGGCUGGGGGCAGCCGCGCGGAGGAAGGGGUUCCCCAGGUGCUGGUCCUCAUAAGUGCCGGGCCGUCUAGUGACGAGGUCCGCGACGGGGUGGUGGCACUGAAGCAGGCUAGCGUUUUCUCAUUUGGCCUCGGAGCCCAGGCCGCCUCCAAGGCAGAGCUUCAGCACAUAGCUACCAAUGACAACCUGGUGUUUACUGUCCCGGAAUUCCGUAGCUUUGGGGACCUCCAGGAGCAAUUACUGCCGUACAUUGUGGGCGUGGCCCAAAGGCACAUUGUCUUGCAACCGCCAACCAUUGUCACACAAGUCAUCGAAGUCAACAAGAGGGACAUAGUUUUCCUGGUGGAUGGCUCAUCUGCACUGGGACUGGCCAACUUCAAUGCGAUCCGCGACUUCAUUGCCAAGGUCAUCCAGAGGCUGGAAAUCGGACAGGACCUUAUCCAGGUGGCUGUGGCUCAGUACGCAGACACAGUGCGGCCAGAGUUCUAUUUCAAUACCUACUCCAGCAAGAGGGAAGUCAUGACUGCUGUGCGGAGGAUGAAGCCCUUGGAGGGCUCGGCCCUGUACACGGGCUCGGCUCUGGACUUCGUCCGGAACAGCCUGUUCACCGGCGGGACCGGCUACCGGGCUGCCGAGGGGGUCCCCAAGCUGUUGGUGCUGAUUACAGGCGGUAAGUCCCUAGAUGAAGUCAGCCAGCCAGCCCAGGAGCUGAAGAGAAGCAACAUCAUGGCCUUUGCCAUCGGGAACAAGGUGGCCAACCGGGCUGAGCUGGAAGAGAUCGCGUUCGACUCCACCCUGGUGUUCGUUCCGGAUGAGUUCCGGACCGCCCCUCUGCAGGGCCUGCUGCCCAGCGUGCUGGCGCCUCUCCGGACGCUCUCUGGAACCACCGAAGUUCAUGCAAACAAAAGGGAUAUCAUCUUUCUUUUGGAUGGAUCACUCAACGUUGGAAAGACCAACUUCCCGUACGUGCGGGACUUUGUCAUGAACGUAGUGAACAGCCUCGAUGUCGGAAGCGACAGUGUCCGAGUCGGUUUAGUGCAAUUUAGUGACACUCCGGUCACGGAGUUCUCCCUAGACACAUACCAGACCAAGCCAGAGCUGCUCGCUCACGUGAGGCAGCUGCAGCUCCAGGGAGGCUCGGGCCUGAACACCGGCGCCGCCCUAGGCUAUGUCCACGCGACCCACUUCACCGAGGCCGGCGGCAGCAGGAUCCGCGAACACGUGCCGCAGCUGCUGCUCCUGCUCACGGCCGGCCCGGCCGACGACGCGUACCUGCAGGCGGCCAACGCCCUGGCACGCGCCGGCGUCCUGACCUUUUGCGUGGGCGCCAGCCGGGCCGACAAGGCCGAGCUCGAGCAGAUCGCUUUUAACCCGAGCCUGGUGUACCUCAUGGAUGAUUUCAGCUCCCUGCCGGCUUUGCCCCAGCAGCUGAUUCAGCCCCUAACCACGUAUGUUAGCGGAGGUGUGGAGGAAGUUCCGCUCGGCCAGCCAGAGAGCAAGCGGGACAUUCUGUUCCUCUUUGACGGCUCGGCCAACCUCGUGGGCCAGUUCCCCGCCGUCCGCGACUUCCUCUACAAGAUCAUCGACGAGCUGAAUGUGAAACCCGAGGGGACUCGGGUCGCGGUGGCUCAGUACAGCGAUGACGUCCGGGUGGAGUCCCGUUUUGACGAGCACCAGAAUAAGCCCGAAAUCCUGAAUCUCGUGAAGAGGAUGAAGAUCAAGACGGGCAAAGCCCUCAACCUGGGCUACGCCCUGGACUACGCGCAGAGGUACAUCUUUGUGAAGUCCGCCGGAAGCCGGAUCGAGGACGGAGUGCUGCAGUUCCUGGUGCUGCUGGUGGCGGGAAGGUCGUCGGACCGCGUGGACGGGCCGGCACUCAACCUGAAACAGAGCGGGGUGGUGCCUUUCAUCCUCCAGGCCAAGAACGCAGACCCGGCAGAGCUGGAGCUCAUCGUGCCUUCCCCCGCCUUCAUCCUGGUUGCCGAGUCGCUUCCCAAGAUUGGAGACCUCCAACCACAGAUCGUGAACCUCUUGAAAUCGGUGCAAAAUGGGGCGCCAACACCAGUUUCAGGUGAAAAGGAUGUGGUGUUUCUGAUUGAUGGCUCUGACGGUGUCCAGAGUGGCUUCCCUCUGCUGAAAGAGUUUGUCCAGAGAGUUGUGGAGAGCCUGGAUGUGGGUCCGGACCGGGUGCGCGUGGCUGUGGUGCAGUACAGUGACCGGACCAGGCCCGAGUUCUACCUGAACUCGUACAUGGACAAGCAGAGCGUGGUCAGUGCCAUCCGCAGGCUGACCCUCCUGGGAGGGCCCACCCCCAACACUGGGGCCUCCCUGGACUUCGUGCUGAGGAACAUCCUGAUCGGCUCUGCGGGCAGCAGGAUCGCAGAAGGCGUGCCGCAGCUCCUGGUCGUCCUCACCGCCGACAGGUCGGGCGAUGACGUGCGGGGCCCCUCGGCGGUGGCAAAGAGGGGAGGGGCGGUGCCCAUCGGCAUCGGCAUUGGGAACGCCGACAUCACCGAGAUGCAGACCAUCUCCUUCAUCCCGGACUUCGCAGUGACUAUUCCCACCUUCCGGCAGCUGGGGACCGUGCAGCAGGUCAUCUCGGACAGAGUGACCCAGCUCAGCCGUGAAGAGCUGAGCAGGCUGCAGGCAUCUUUGCUGUCCACACUGAGCCCAGGUUUCGGCGGCAAGAGGGAUGUGGUCUUUCUCAUCGACGGGUCCCAGAGUGCUGGCCCUGAGUUCCAGUACAUCCGUACCUUCAUCGAGAGGCUGGUUGACUAUCUGGACAUAGGCUUCGACAAGACCCGGGUGGCGGUCAUCCAGUUCAGCGAGGACCCCAGGGUGGAGUUCCUGCUGAACGCCCACUCCAGCAAGGACGAGGUGCAGAAUGCGCUGAGGCGGCUGCGGCCCAAAGGUGGGCGGCAGAUCAACAUUGGGGGUGCCUUGGAGUACGUGUCAAGGAAUAUCUUCAAGAGGCCGCUGGGGAGCCGGAUUGAAGAGGGCGUCCCUCAGUUCCUGGUCCUCAUUUCCUCCGGGAAGUCUGACGACGAAGUUGACGACUCAGCAGUAGAACUCAAGCAGUUUGGCGUGGCACCAGUUACAAUCGGAAGGAACGCAGACCCGGAGGAGCUGGUGAAGAUCUCCCUGAGCCCCGAGUACGUGUUCUCAGUGAGCACCUUCCGGGAGCUGCCCAGCCUGGAGCAGAAGCUGCUGACCCCCAUCACCACCCUAACCUCGGAGCAGAUUCAGCAGAUCUUGGCCACCAGCCGCUUCCCUCCUCCAGCGGUGGAGAGCGAUGCUUCAGACAUCAUCUUCCUCAUCGAUAGCUCUGACAGCAUCAGGCCAGAAGGCAUUGCACACAUCCGAGACUUUGUUAGCAGGAUCGUGCAAAGACUCAACAUUGGCCCCAAUAAAGUGAGGAUUGGGGUGGUGCAGUUCAGCAAUGACGUCUUCCCGGAGUUCUACCUGAAGACCUAUAAGUCCCAGGCCAGUGUGCUCGAUGCCAUACGUCGCCUGAGGUUCAAAGGGGGCUCCCCGCUGAACACCGGCAAAGCUCUGGAAUUCGUGGCAAGGAAUUUCUUUGUCAAGUCUGCCGGGAGCCGGAUAGAAGAUGGGGUCCCCCAACACCUGGUUCUGUUUCUGGGUGGAAAGUCCCAGGAUGACGUUUCCAGGUUCUCCCAGGUGAUGAGAUCCUCAGGGAUUGUGAGCUUAGGAGUUGGAGACCGGAACAUCGACAGAGCGGAGCUGCAGGCCAUCACCAACGACCCCAGGCUGGUCUUCACCGUGAGGGAGUUCAAAGAGCUCCCCAACAUUGAAGAAAGGGUCUUGAACUCCUUUGGACCCUCUGGGGUCACUCCUGUACCUCCGGGAGUGGACACGUUCCCUCCCUCACGGCCAGAGAAAAAGAAAGCUGACAUCGUGUUCCUGCUGGAUGGUUCCAUCAAUUUCCGGAGGGACAGUUUCCAGGAAGUGCUCCGUUUUGUGUCCGAAAUUGUGGACACAGUUUAUGAAGGGGGUGACUCCAUCCAAGUGGGGCUGGUCCAGUACAACUCUGACCCCACCGACGAGUUCUUCCUGAAAGACUUUUCCACCAAGCAGCAGAUUAUCGACGCCAUCAACAAAGUGGUCUACAAAGGGGGGAGGCACGCAAACACCAGGGUGGGCCUGGAGCACCUGCGGGUGAAUCACUUUGUGCCGGAGGCGGGCAGCCGCGUGGACCAGAGGGUCCCGCAGAUUGCCUUUGUGAUCACGGGAGGCAAGUCAGUGGAGGAUGCGCAGGAGGCCAGCCUGGCCCUCACCCAGAGAGGUGUCAAGGUGUUUGCGGUGGGCGUGAGGAACAUCGACUCAGAGGAGGUGGGGAAGAUAGCCUCCAACAGCGCGACGGCGUUCCGCGUGGGGAACGUCCAGGAGCUGUCGGAGCUGAGCGAGCAAGUUUUGGAAACUCUGCAUGACGCCAUGCAUGAGACCCUGUGUCCGGGUGUCACUGAUGUGUCCAAAGCCUGUAAUCUGGAUGUGAUCCUGGGCUUUGAUGGUUCAAGCGAUCAGAAUGUAUUCGUCGCUCAGAAGGGCCUUGAGUCCAAGGUGGACACCGUCUUGAAUAGAAUCAGCCAGAUGCAGAGGAUCAGCUGCAGCGGCAACCAGAUGCCCACGGUGCGGGUGUCGGUGGUGGCCAACUCGCCCUCGGGCCCCGUGGAGGCCUUUGACUUCGCUGAGUACCAGCCGGAGCUGUUUGAGAAGUUCCGGAACAUGCGCAACCAGCACCCCUACGUCCUCACCGCCGACACGCUGAGGCUCUACCAGAACAAGCUCCGGCAGGCGUCGCCCGACGGCGUGAAGGUGAUCAUUCAUUUUACCGAUGGGGUGGAUGGAGACAUGGCUGAUUUACAAAAAGCAUCUGAGGAACUCCGACAGGAAGGCGUCCGAGCUCUGAUCUUGGUGGGCCUGGAGCGCGUGGCCAACUUGGAGCAGCUGAUGCAGCUGGAGUUCGGGCGGGGAUUUACAUACAACCGGCCCCUGAGGCUGAACUUGCUGGACCUGGAUUAUGAGCUGGCGGAGCAGCUUGACAACAUUGCUGAGAAAGCUUGCUGUGGGGUCCCCUGCAAGUGCUCUGGACAGAGGGGAGACCGAGGGCCCCUUGGCAGCAUCGGGCCGAAGGGGAUUCCUGGAGAAGACGGCUACCGAGGUUAUCCUGGUGAUGAGGGGGGACCUGGUGAGCCCGGAGAGCCAGGACCUAAGGGAGGACUCGGGAACCGGGGCCCCCGUGGGGAGACGGGAGACGACGGGCAAGACGGAGUUGGCAGUGAAGGACGCAGAGGCAAAAAGGGAGAAAGGGGAUUCCCUGGAUACCCAGGUCCAAAGGGUAACCCCGGUGAGCCGGGGACAGACGGCCCCACAGGACCCAAAGGCAUCCGAGGCCGAAGGGGAAACUCAGGACCUCCGGGCAUCGCCGGACAGAAGGGAGACCCUGGGUACCCAGGACCAGCUGGAUACAAAGGCCCCAGAGGCGACUCGGUGGACCAAUGUGCCCUGGUGCAGAACAUCAAGGAUAAAUGCCCUUGCUGCUACGGGCCCCUGGAGUGCCCUGUCUUCCCGACCGAGCUGGCCUUUGCCUUGGACACAUCGGAGGGGGUCACCCAGGACACGUUCAGCCGGAUGAGGGAUGUGGUCUUAAAGAUCGUGGGCGACCUGACCAUCGCCGAGAGCAACUGCCCACGGGGGGCCCGUGUGGCCGUGGUCACCUACAACAAUGAGGUGACCACGGAGAUCCGCUUUGCCGACUCCAAGAAGAAGUCUGUCCUCCUGGACAAGAUUAAGAACCUGCAGGUGGCCCUGACGUCCAAGCAGCAGAGCCUGGAAACAGCCAUAUCCUUCGUGGCCAGAAACACGUUUAAGCGAGUGCGGAAUGGAUUCCUUAUGAGGAAGGUGGCCGUUUUCUUCAGCAACAAACCCACGAGGGCAUCCCCGCAGCUCCGGGAGGCCAUGCUCAAGCUCUCAGAUGCUGGGAUCACGCCCCUGUUCCUCACGAACCAGGAGGACCGCCCGCUGCUGAACGCCCUGCAGAUCAACAACACGGCAGUGGGGCAUGCGCUUGUCCUGCCCGCGACGGGAGACCUCACGGACUUCCUGAAGAACGUCCUGACUUGUCACGUCUGCUUGGACAUCUGCAACAUCGACCCCUCCUGUGGAUUUGGCAGCUGGAAGCCUGCCUUCAGGGACCGGAGAGCAGCGGGCAGCGAUGUGGACAUCGACAUGGCUUUCAUCUUAGAUAGCUCUGAGUCCACCACGCCGUUCCAGUUCAACGAGAUGAAGAAGUACAUAGGGUACCUGGUCAGACAGCUGGACGUGAGCCCAGACCCCAAGGCCUCCCAGCACUUUGCCAGGGUGGCGGUCGUGCAGCACGCGCCCUACGAGUCCGCGGGCAACGCCAGCGUGCCGCCCGUGAAGGUGGAGUUCUCCCUGACGGACUACAGCUCCAAGGAGAAGCUGGUGGCCUUUCUCAGCAGCAGGAUGACCCAGCUGCAGGGGACCAGGGCCCUGGGCAGCGCCAUCGACUACACUGUCGAGAACGUCUUUGAAAGCGCACCCAACCCACGGGACCUGAAGAUCGUGGUCCUGAUGCUGACGGGCGAGGUGCCGAAGCAGCAGCUGGAGGCGGCCCAGAGAGCCAUCUUGCAGGCCAAGUGCAAGGGGUACUUCUUCGUGAUCCUGGGCAUCGGGAGGAAGGUGAACAGCAAGGAGGUGUAUGGUUUCGCCAGCGAGCCGAACGACGUCUUCUUCAAACUCGUGGACAAGUCGACCGAGCUCAACGAGGAGCCGCUGCUGCGCUUCGGGAGGCUGCUGCCCUCCUUCGUCAGCAGUAAAAACGCUUUUUAUCUGUCCCCAGAUAUCAGGAAACAGUGUGAUUGGUUCCAAGGGGACCAGCAGGCAAAGAAUCUUGUGAAGUUUGGUCACAAACAAGUAAGUGUUCCAAAUAAUGUUACCUCAAGUCCUACGUCCAAACCAGUGACCACAACGAAGCCAGUGACCACUGCAGAACCAGAGACCACCACCACAAAACCAGUAGCUGUUGUCAACCUGCCGGCCUCAAAGCCAGCCUCCGUGAGACCCGUGGCCGAAAGACCCAUGGCUGGGAAAUCUGAGGCUGCAAAGCCGGAGGCCAUCAAACCCGUGGCCACCAAGCCCGAGGCCACCAAGCCCGCGACCACCAAGCUCGAGACCACUAAGCCGGUGGCCGCCAAGCCUGAGGCCAGUAAGCCCAUGGCCACCAAGCCUGAAGCCACUAGGCCUGUGGCCCCCAAGCCCGAGGCCGCUAAGCUCGUGGCCGCCAAGCCCGAGGCUGCGAAGACGGCCACUGUCAGACCUGCGGUGGUGGCAGCGAAGCCCGCAGCAGGAAAGCCAGCUUCAGUCAGACCCCCUGCCGCUGCCAGACCUGGGCUUGCCAAGCCUGAGGCCCCUAGGCCUCUCGUAGCUAAAUCAGCUGCUGCCAAGCCGGCCACUGCUAAGUCCGUGGUUAAGGCACCCCGAGAGGUCCAGGUGUCCGAGGUCACAGAGAACAGCGCCAGACUCCAGUGGGAGAGGCCCGAGCCCCCCAGUGCUUAUUUUUAUGACCUCAUCGUCACCUCGGCCCACGACCAGUCCCUGGUUCUGAGGCAGAACCUCACGGCCACGGACCGUGUCAUCGGGGGUCUGCUUGCCGGGCAGACGUACCACGUGACGGUCGUCUGCUACCUGAGGUCUCAGGUCAGAGCCACCUACCAAGGCAGCUUCAGUACAAAGAAAACUCAGCCGUCACCUCCGCAGACAGUGAAGCCGGCGUCCAGUUCCACCAUCAACCUCCUGGUGAGCAGAGACCCGUUGGCUGGGGGUGAAGCAGAUAUAUGUCAGUUACAAAAAGAAGAAGGGACUUGCAGGAAAUUUAUUUUAAAGUGGUACUAUGAUUCGAAGACUAAAAGCUGUGCGAGGUUCUGGUACGGAGGUUGCGGUGGAAACGAAAACAGAUUUAAUUCGCAGAAAGAAUGUGAAAAGGUCUGCGCUCCUGUGCCUGUCAACCCCGGAGUCAUCGCUGCGAUGGAGACCUAAGCGUGGCCCACCGGUGACACAUACCUCUUGAAGCAGAAGGAGGCAGCCAUGGCAAGUCGUCUCUGUAGAAGCUCUGGGUAUAGAUUCCCGCGCACUUUGUACCAUUUCAUGCUUUGAUUUACACUCAGACUUGGGAGGACCCGUCUGCCGCAUGACCUAUCAAUAUGGUGCUAAAUGUGUCUGUGGACCCAACGCUCUCUGUCUCCAGGCAGUUAUAUUGUAUACUUUGAACGUUGUGUAACAGUUAUCCACUGCUGGUGUUUAUGUGAACAGUCCUAUAAACUCAAAUUCCUUCUGGAGUUUCACCUGAUGCCUGCUUCAGGCAAGUGUAAGGUCUAGAAAAUAACCCCAAAUUUCACAGUUACUCUGUAUGCUUCUGCUUGUUUCAUCUUUUUCCCUCUUAAUUAAGCAUGACUUUAGAUGGAAAGCCUGUGUAUGGAGGAUAAACCAGAGUCCAGCCUUUCAUUCCCUCGUCCCCUGAUUUCCUGGAUUAGAUUUCUAGCUGGUUUUCUUUUUCUAAAGCUUCUAACAGACGAUCUAGAAGUUAGAAGGAAGCAAAAUCCCUUAAUCUUUGUGCACUGUCGUGGGACCAUGCCUCAAUUAAAGAAUGAAAAGAAAAUCAUCACAGAGAACAUUUCUGGCAUUCCUCUAAUGUUGUGUGUGUGUUUUAAUUUUUUUUUUUGUGCAGGGGGGUUUAAUUUUAAUUUUAAAAAUUUUAGGAAAUUUAUACAAAGAAACUUUUUAAUAAAGUAUAUUGAAAGUGU